CCCUUCUCGGCUCGGCCGCGGGCCAGAUCCAGCGCCGGAGCCGCCCCUGCUCGGGCGGAAGCUCCUCCCCGGAGCACGCGCGCGGCUGAAGAUGGCGUCUCCCAUGGCGAGCCAGGCUGGCACCGCGAUCCGAGGUUUGACUUUGCUCAGAGCCACCCUGCUCAGGAGGCGCAGCCCGGGUAUUCAGUUAACCCAUAAACGAUGGCUAAACCUGCAGGAAUACCAGAGUAAGAAACUGAUGGCUGAUCAUGGGGUUACAGUUCAGAAAUUCUUCGUGGCUGACACUGCAAAUGAUGCUGUUGAGGCUGCUAAGAGAUUAAAAGCGACAGAAAUUGUGUUGAAGGCUCAGAUCUUAGCUGGAGGAAGAGGCAAAGGUAUUUUCAGCAGCGGUUUGAAAGGAGGUGUACAUUUAACAAAAGACCCUAAAGAGGUAGGACAGCUUGCUGAACAGAUGAUUGGAUAUAAUCUUACAACAAAGCAAACACCAAAAGGUGGUGUUAAAGUUAAGAAGGUUAUGGUGGCAGAAGCAUUAAACAUUUCCAGAGAAACAUAUUUUGCAAUAUUAAUGGAUCGAGCUUGCAAUGGACCUGUUCUCGUUGGUAGCCCACAAGGUGGGGUUGAUAUAGAAGAAGUAGCUGCUAAAACUCCAGAACUUAUCUUCAAGGAAGAAAUAGAUAUUUUUGAAGGUGUAAAGGAUACUCAAGCAAUACAGCUGGCAGAAAAUCUAGGAUUCAAGGGGCCUCUGCAGCAGCAGGCAGCAGAUCAAAUAAAGAAGCUAUACAAUCUUUUCUUGCAAAUUGAUGCCACUCAAGUUGAGGUGAAUCCCUUUGGUGAAACUCCAGAAGGACAAGGUAUGAAAUUUAAAAAAGAAAGGAGGGGGGAUUGCAUAUUGAUCUAGCAAAGUAACAGUUUU